AUGUUGAAUCCGACAGUCAGUCGACGCCUAUUAUUCGACGAAUGUGGGUUCAAACGACCAAUCGAUACAUACGAUCCGGAAUUCACCACGACUUCUAUUAUUGUCAUUAUCAUAGAGACUCUGUUUUUCAUACUACGGCUUGUGUCAAGACUGAGCGGGCUGAGUAAAUGGGGUUGGGAUGAUACCUCCUGUGUCAUUGCAUAUACCUUGUUAUUGGGCGAAUCCGCUGUUUCUCUGUUGGGUGGAUAUUAUGGAUUCUACAUUCAUUCCUGGGAUCUCGAUUUCGAGAGGUUGGUAAAGUUCCUAAAGGCCAACUUCGCGCGAGCCGAGAUCUAUCCUUUGGCUUUGGGUGCUUGCAAGAUGUCCAUCAUCUUUUUGUACCAACGCAUUUUCGAGGGACCUCGUAUCCAAUGGGUCCUCAGGGGAACACAAGUCUUCAACAUCCUCCUUUCUCUCACCUUCUUCAUCACAACUUUCUUUGUCUUCCAGCCGCUGUCCUGUAACUGGCAGGUUGAUAUGGACAGUAGCUGCGUUGUAAACGAUGCCUGGGAUGGAUCCGGGGCUUCUUCGGCUAUCAACGCUGCGUUUGAUAUCUGGUUGAUCCUCGUACCGGCAUUUGUAGUGUGGAGACUUCAGAUGAAGAUCACGAGAAAAUUGAGUGUUAUUUCUGUAUUUGCUACCGGGUUUCUGUGA